CUCCUCCCAGUCCCAGCCUGUUUGGUAGCAGUUGGAUUGAAAGACGGAAAAGGAAAACACUAACAAAUCCAACUCAGCCCAACGCCGUCAUCCUCCCCACACCCAAUAUAAACACCACCAUUCCCAAGUCCCAUCCCCAUGAAAGUUCUACCCUUCACUCCAUCUCCCCAAUAUAAACCCCAACCGGAAAAUGAGAUCCACGGCCACAUUCGACCCCCAUUAACCCAAAUCCCACUUUCUAUUUCUCCCCCUUUCUCACAUGGCGCCCGACACUCCUUUGCUCGACCCGCCGCCUUCCUCAACCCGCCGGCGACACGGCCUUAUCAAGCAAUGCGGCCUAAUACUGCCCUCUCUCGUCAUUUUCUCAGUGGGUCUCCUAACAUUGGCGGGCCACCGGAGCCAGCAGUCUCUAUCCAUCUCCGCUGGCGUUGCCCACCACCAAGCGCCGGCGCCGGCGCCGGCGAGAGGACUGAGGGAAGGGGUUUCAGCGAAGUCCAUCCCCGGGAACCUGGAUGAAGAAGGAGUUUCGUAUAAUUGGACCAACGCCAUGUUCGCCUGGCAGAGAACUGCCUACCACUUCCAGCCACAGCGAAAUUGGAUGAAUGCUUAGCUGCUCCAAAAGAAAGGGAAGGAAGGAAGAAGAAAUUUUGCUAUUGGUCAAUUCUUAGAGAGAGAUCCUGACGGCCCAAUGUAUCACAAAGGAUGGUACCACAUCUUCUACCAGUACAACCCGUACUCCGCCGUCUGGGGCAACAUCACGUGGGGUCAUGCCGUCUCCCGCGACUUAAUCCACUGGCUCAUCCUCCCGUUAGCCCUAAUCCCCGACAACUGGUACGACAUUAACGGCGUCUGGACGGGUUCCGCCACCCGCCACCCGGAGGACGGCAACAUCUACAUGCUCUACACCGGCAGCACAGGGAAUCUCACUCAAGUCCAAAACCUCGCCCACCCGGCCGACCUCGCCGACCCGCUCCUGCUCCGCUGGGUGAAAAGCCCUGCCAACCCGAUCCUCCUCCCGCCGCCGGGAAUCGGGCCCAAGGAUUUUCGCGACCCGACGACCGCGUGGCUGGGCCCGGAUGGGCUGUGGCGGGUCGCGAUUGGGUCCAGGGUCGAGAAGUUGGGCCUCACGCUCGUUUACAAGACGGACGAUUUUGUUAGUUACGAGCUGCUGGAUCAUUACCUGCACUCGGUUCCGGGUACGGGUAUGUGGGAGUGCGUGGACUUUUACCCGGUUCUGGUCAACGGGACGAAGGGGCUGGACACGUCGGCGGUCGGGGAAGGGAUCAAGCAUGUGUUGAAGGCGAGCUUGGACGAUACCAAGUUGGAUCACUUCGCCGUCGGGACGUAUGACCCGGUGAAGGAUUUGUGGACGCCCGAUGACCCGGAGAGCGAUGUGGGAAUCGGGUUGAAGUACGAUUACGGGCGGUAUUAUGCUUCCAAGACGUUUUACGAUGAGGAGAAGCAGAGGAGAAUACUUUGGGGUUGGAUCAAUGAGACUGAUACGGAAUUCGAUGACCUCAAGAAGGGCUGGGCUUCCCUCCAGACGAUUCCGAGGACGGUGGUGCUGGAUAGCAAGACGGGAAGGGAUUUACUGCAAUGGCCGGUGGAGGAGAUUGAAAGCUUGAGGCUGAAUUUUUUCUGUUUUGACGAGGUUUUGGUGGGUCCCGGUUCGGUUGUGCCGCUACACAUAGGCUCUGCUACGCAGAAUUUUGCUUACAUUGCAUUGCAGCUGGAUAUAACGGCGGAGUUUGAGGUGGAGUUGAUAUCAGGGAAGAAACCCGGCGAGGAGAACCGUUGUGACGGCGGUGCAGCGGAGAGAAGCAGCUUGGGACCGUUUGGGAUUCUAGCUCUGGCCGAUGCUUCACUCUCCGAGCUCACCCCUGUUUUCUUCCGGCCAGUUCAGACUACCCUCGACACCGUCACGACUUACUUCUGUACAGAUCAAACCAGAUCGUCGAUGGCUCCCGAGGUGUUCAAGGUUGUGUACGGGAGCUCGAUCCCGGUGGUGGGCGACGAGAAGCUGGAGAUGAGAGUGUUGGUAGAUCAUUCCAUCGUGGAGAGCUUUGGACAAGGAGGGAGGAGAGUGAUAUCCUCCAGAGUUUAUCCCACCAGGGCCAUCUAUGGAGAUGCUAGGCUCUUCUUGUUCAACAAUGCCACGGAUGUGAACGUGAAGGUGAAGCUCAAGAUUUGGGAGAUGAACUCUGCUUUCAUUCGGCCAUUCGCACUAGACCAAUUGUGAUUAACCUGAUGUGGAUUUUAGUGGUCGAUCCCAACUAUUGUUGUACUAAUCUAUACUAUUACCUGCAUAUAUACCUCCCUCGAGAAAGAGGUUUGAUUACACUCAUCGUUGGCUUUCCCUUUUACCUCAUGACCAUACGGACAGGAUACAUAAUUUGCAUCAGCUGUGGAGUGUUCUUCUCAAAGGAGUGCAAUUUCUCAGGCCAAUGUGCAUUUGUAUGUAUUGUUUGUUGCUGGAAAAAAAAAAUACAAAAUUACAUCUUUUGGUAUUGUAUCGGG